CCAGAUGCCGGGAAUUAGGAAAUGGGAGGCUUCUGAUAAAGCAAAAAAAAAAUUUUGGUAAAGCACAGGAGGUUACAAGUUCAUAAUACGGCCAGCUGCUGGCCAUGCUUCUUCUGUCCCUGAUAGUAUCUUCAUUGAGGUUCAAUGGGGUCCUGUUGUACUCGUUGGUGUUCAGUCUACUUUGUCGUCUCUGUAACAUUGGCAAUAAUGGCAAUUUCCCUGGCGGAGCAUUUUAUUUCCAGCAAGUCAGACCAAGAUGCCAUCUCGUUUGCCCAUGAAGUCUCGGUGAAUGCCCCCAAUGCUCUCCGCCGAGCGGGAUUCAAUGUUAUGGCCGACCUUUUCCAGCGGUCUCCUCCAUUCUUCCUUCCUCCACAAAACUCAACCUUGUUUGCCUUCAAAGACUCUGCUAUCAGAAACACCUCUCUCCCUCCAUUGCUAUUAAAGAAGAUGCUUCUGUUCCAUACUUCUACCUCCAUGGCUUCGAUGGAAGACCUCUUAAAGAAGACCCAAGGAAGUUGCAUCCCAACCCUGUUUCGUCACAAGAAUGUAGCCAUCACCAAGAUAGACCCCGGACAAAGAUUAGUUGAGAUUGAUCACGCGUUGAUAUCAAGCCCUGACAUAUACCUGGGAAACCAAAUUGCAAUUCAUGGCGUUCUUGCACCGUUUUCUUCCUUGGAUUUUCAAGAUCUGCGUAAGGGCUGGAAUUCUGUUCCCCCAGUUUCUUGUCGUUUGAACUCUGGACAAUAUUCUGCUUCUUAUGAAUUCAAGAACACGAUUGGCUGGAAUCGGAUUGUUCAGUCGCUCAGUUCAAAUGGAUACGCUUCAUUUUCGAUCGGAUUGCAUUCUGUUCUUGACAGGAUACUAACAGAUUCAAUGAGCUAUGAUUCUGUCACAAUCUUGGCUCCUCCAGAUUUGCCAUUGAUUGGAUGUCCAUCAUUUUUGCUUGACAGAGCUGUGAGGGUACAUGUACUGCCACAAAGAUUUACAUACAAAGAACUCACUUCUCUCCCGGCUAGGACUUCGUUGAAGACACUCAUGUCUGACGAAUAUCUUGAAAUUGAAGGAGUUCCAGAGUUCAUGUCAAUGUUGGUCGUUGACGGCGUGGAAAUCGUGGCGCCCGACAUUUCAAUUUCUGAGAAGUUCGUAAUUCAUGGAAUUGCUGAAGCUUUGAAAAUGGACGAGCUUACCACUACAUGAAGAUAAAAGGUCAACAGUUGGCAAAGAUGUCUUUGCAAAUUCAAAUACCUAGGGAAAGCAAAUCGACUCUCUGCUUUGCACAUGUGUAUUUUCAAUUCAUAGAAACGUUUCCUGGUUGAGGAUAGUUAGGUUAGAUUAGAUCAAGUUCUCUUGAGUAAUCAAGGGAAAAGCGAUUAAUAUCGAUUGCAACUGUAAGCAUUUCAAUAGUCGAAGAAUCGCUGAGCUUGAACCAACAGAGUUAAUUCCUUUCAACAGGCCGAAGUUUGGGCAUCAAGUUUCGUCCUCGAUCAAAGACACCCUGGCCCAUCUAGUUUUGUUAUUGGACACGCAAUGAAUGAUCUUAUUAAGAAGAACUCUUCUGCCACGCUCACUUCUU